UUGCAUUUGGGGAUCUCUCAAGCAUAACCUCCUAAAGAGACAAUUUUUUUGGACAUUUUCUUUUUGGACAACUGCAAGAAACUUUCUGAGGAGACAUGGUGUCAGCUGGCUUUCAGAUGUUGGGCAUUGCCCUGUGCAUUAUCGGCUGGAUUGGGACCAUCGUUGUCUGUGCCCUACCCCAGUGGAAAGUGACAGCCUUCAUCGGCCAGAACAUUGUCACGGCGCAAACUACGUGGGAAGGCAUCUGGAUGAGCUGCGUGGUCCAGAGCACAGGCCAGAUGCAGUGCAAGGUUUAUGACUCCAUGCUGGCCCUUUCCCGGGAUCUCCAGGCUGCCCGCGCCCUCAUCAUCAUCUCUAUCCUGAUUGGUAUCGUUGGCAUCCUCCUGGCCAUCGCAGGUGGCAAGUGCACCAACUGUGUGGAAGACGACAGCGCUAAAGCCAAAGUCUGUGUGGCAGCUGGUGUGAUCUUCAUCAUUUCUGGUGUCAUGUGCCUUAUCCCCGUGUGCUGGACAGCAAACACCAUCAUCAGGGACUUCUACAACCCAACGCUCGUGGGAUCUCAGAAGAGGGAGCUGGGAGCUGCACUCUUCAUCGGCUGGGGGGCCUCAGCCCUCCUCAUCCUGGGCGGUGGACUGCUCUGUGCCAACUGCCCUCCCAAGGAUAACUACUCUGCCAAGUACUCAGCUGCCCGUUCAUCUGCACCCAAGGACUACGUCUGAGGAAAGAAAAAAGAAAUGAGAGACUUACAAAAAAAAAAAAAGACUUGACGCAAAUGCUUCGUGGUCCAUGAAACUGAUUCAUAUUGCUACACCAUUUAAAUUUCACCGUUGCUUUAUUGUGCUUAGAGUUUAGUUUGAUGCAUUUAUGUUAAGUUCCAGCACUUCUUGAUUUGUGUAAUCAGUGCAAAGACAAAGUGAACCACACCCAAAAAAACCUGUGGACUGACUUACAAAAUGCUGGAUUAAGUGAAAAAGAGAGCAUGAAUAUUGGAACAACUUUCAUCAUGUUACUCUGAACUGUGUGUGUUUGAUUCAUUUUCCUUUAAUUUCAUCCAUUUGUACCUUUUCACGUAUUAUUUCUAUUAACAUGUGUGUUACUCAUCACUGUCAAAACUGUAAAUAAAGUUUGUGUUUUUUUUACCAACACUAAA